GUAGUACAACGCUUACCGUUAACGCGCACGGUCGGUCGGUCUGCAGCGCUCUGACUGACUUACCUGUCUAGGACCCGCCUACCAGCGCUCACGUGUUCGUCAAGUGGUUCACCACUCGCGGCGCGGGUAACCGUUGAUUUGCGAAUCGUCAAGUCGGGAUUAUGACCGAUUUUCUGGUGGCGAUUUUUCGGUAGGGUUGAGGGUGAUUUUCGCGGGGUUGUUUGGAAACGUCGCGUGGAUGGAUUUCAAGUACGAUCAAUGGAAAGACAUGUAUUCUUUAGGAAUUAUGACCCUUACGCGGACCCCGUGUGAGCUCGACAAGAUGAGCCUUUUUCAGGAUUUGAAACUAAAAAGAAGAAAAGUGGAUUCUCGUUGCAGCAGUGACGGCGAAUCGAUCGCCGACACGAGCACCUCCUCCUCGCACGACCUCCUAUGCCCGCCCGCCUCGCCCAAAACGGACGGCCCUGCCUCCCACCACCAGGAGGGCCCCGCCCACCGGCAUCAGGAAGGCCACGCCUACCACCGGCACCAGGAAAGCCCCGCCCACCAUCGGCCGCCGCCCAGCCCCGACUCGAUGACGCCCCACCCACUUGGCCACGCCCACCACGACCGCGGGCCGCCUGCGGUGGAGAGAAGCGACGCGCGAUUGGACGAGCCGGGCGUGUUCGACGGGGGCGGUGGUGGAGGCGGGGACGGGGGCGGGACAGCUAGCGUCAUCAGGCACCUCCCGGUCAUCCGAUCUCUCAGCCCGCCCACCCGCCCAGCGCCGCAGUUCAGCCCCUCGCAGCCGCCUCGCCCACACAGCUCCCCCGGUCGCCACGCCCCCGCCAGUCCCCGCGCCAGCCCCGUCAUCCGCCACACGCCCCUCCUCCUCCAACCCCCUGCCAGCCCACGAGCGGCGCUCGCCUGCCAGGAACCCACCUCCUCCUCCAUGUCUCUCCUGACCGCGCCCACGCCCAGGGGCGUGAUCAUCGCCCAACCCACCGCCCCCUUCAACCAGCACUGGCUGAAGCAUUCGAGGAUCAACGGCGUCAAGCCCGAGAUCAUCGGCGGCACGUUCGUCAACCCGCCCGCCCCGCCCAGUCCCAGGAACAACCCCGCGGCGCGGCAAACGCCCACUGUCAUCAUGGGCGAAGCGGGCGGCGUGCGGACGAUGAUCUGGUCGCAGCCGUCGCUGACUCCGCCCCUCGGCGAGCCCACCACCUCAGGUUGGCCGGUCGCGACCAAUACGGACGAGACGGCGGCGCAGCUGCUGCUCAACCUCGGCCAGGAUCGACUGCGGCCGGCGAGUCGCUGCCUGGGACCGCCCACUUCCCCCACCUCCCAGUUCACGAGCGCGCCGCUCAACAUGGAGCGACUGUGGGCCGGCGAUCUGUGCCAGUUGCCGGCCGGGCAGCAGACGCAGGCGCUCAACCUGACUGCCCCCAUUCUCGCCCCGCCCGGGCUGUAUAGGGCGGGGCUGGAGGCCGGGCAGGCGGAGCAGAUCGAGGAGGAGGAGCAGCCGAUGAUCUGCAUGAUUUGCGAGGACAAGGCCACGGGGCUGCACUACGGGAUUAUCACGUGCGAGGGGUGCAAGGGGUUCUUCAAGAGGACUGUGCAGAAUCGGAGGGUGUAUACGUGCGUGGCGGACGGGAACUGUGAGAUUACGAAAGCGCAGCGGAACAGGUGUCAGUACUGUCGGUUUAAGAAGUGUAUAGAACAGGGGAUGGUGUUGCAAGCCGUUCGGGAAGACCGGAUGCCGGGAGGCCGUAACAGCGGCGCCGUCUACAACCUCUACAAAGUGAAAUACAAGAAGCACAAGAAGCCCACCACCAAGCAGCAGCAGCAGCACCAGCAAAAGAGCCCGAUGUCGCCGCAGCAGCAGUACAAGCAGGACCAGCAGUUCAAGCAGGAGCAGGCGCCGAUGGGCGCCAUCUGCGCCGAUCUAGUCAACGGCACGAUCCUGAAAACGGCGCUGACCAAUCCCAGCGAGGUGGUGCGCUUUCGGCAGCGCGUCGACAGUGCCGUGAGUAGUUCGCGGGACAGGAAUUUCUCUGUGGAGUACUCGCUGUCGAUGAUCAAGACGCUGAUCGACUGUGAUGAGUUCCAGGACAUCGCCACCUUGCGGAAUUUGGACGAACUGCUCGACCACAACACCGACCUGGGCGAGAAGCUGUGCAACAUCGGCGACUCGAUCGUGUACAAGCUGGUGCAGUGGACGAAAAGGUUGCCCUUCUAUUUGGAGCUGCCCGUCGAGGUACACACGAGGUUGCUGACGCACAAGUGGCACGAGCUGCUCGUGCUGACCACCUCGGCCUACCAGGCCAUACACAAGGUGCAGGGGGAGCAGCAGAUCGCUGCCACUGUGCUCGAGACCGAUUUCAGCCAAGAGGUGGAAUCGAACCUGUGUACACUGCAGAACUGCCUGAUAUCGAUGAUGGGUAGAGAGAUAACCAUCGAGCAACUCAGACAAGACGUGGGCCUGAUGAUUGAAAGGAUCACCCACGUGACGCUGAUGUUCAGACAGAUCAAGCUGACCAUGGAAGAAUACGUGUGCCUUAAAGUUAUCACUAUGCUGAAUCAAGCAAAAUCUGCCAGUAGUUCGGGACCCAGUGAAUUGGAGAUAAUCCACGAGAGAUAUAUGACUUGCCUACGUGUUUAUACGCAACACAUGUACCCACAACAAGCUACUAGGUUUCAAGACUUACUAGUUAGGUUACCAGAAAUUCAAUCUGCAGCGUCGCUCCUGCUGGAGAGCAAAAUGUUCUACGUUCCUUUCCUGCUGAACUCGGCCAUUCAAAGGUAGUACGCGGCAGAUGGCGCCAGCGUCAGCGGGACAAAAUAGGUGAAUUUCUCCAUGGAAACGCGACAGAUAUUUAUACAGAGAGAAAGAGAGAGAGUUUAGAAAAUGUGUACAUAAUCGUCGACGCAUAUACACGAAAACAAAAAAUUAUAUUAAAAAUUAUCUGUUAUCUGUUAAGAUGUUCGUCUUGGAUAUCAAGUUGACUGUGUAUUCCGAAAACGUACUGAUGAUGAUAUAUGUAUUCGUCGAGACUUUUUUUCUGUCGCGAGGGAAAAAUGACGUUUGUGCUCGGAGAAUGAAAGACUGAGUUUGACAUUGUCUGAGUAUGAACCCUGAAACUUGAGUACAGACCACUUAUGCAAUGAUCCACGAAAAAUAUUAUUUCCAGCUAGGAGUUUUUCUGAUUGGCUCAUUCAAAUGUGGAUAUCAAUCCAGAAAACAGUGGGGAAAUAGAACGAUAUUCUUUACUUUGAAAAUAUCAAUGGUGGAGUGUAAAAGGAAUGUGAAGGGUUCGAAAUAUCGAGGAAAUUUUUCGAAAAUCUCCACUAUA